GCUCUGUCAGACAGUGCAUGACUGAUUCCACAUCACGCAGAUAUUGUUGCAUCUCACGGCAGUCGACAACUAGAACGGCGUGCUGAAGCAUGUCCGCCAGAGCACAUCACAGCAGCCGCAUAUUGUAGCUCGGCUCCGGCGUCGCACGACAAUCGUUGUGACCGUGCACGCCCUCGUCUUGUUCACCAGGCCUGUCAGCCAUCGGCCAUACUACAACAAUUUGAGGCCUUGCAAAAAUAAGCAACCGCAAUGGGUGGUAGACUGUCCAUGCCCCGCGGGGCAGAUGGCAUGAGCGAGACUUCGAAGCCCACCUCCAGCCCUACCCCCGCGCGGUUGACCCGGAGCAGGGGUAUCAUCAAUGGGCGAACGGUGAUGGCUCCCCUCGCGGCGCUGACGAUGGCCGGCCUUCUCUUCGUCUACGCAAGGACGUCAAUUCGAGCGGCGAAACUGAACGCGCAGAAACAUCGCGAGGCCGACGGUGGCCAGAUCAGCUGGCAUAAGGAGAGCAUGAGGAGACAUGGACAAUUGGAGAGAGUAGGCAGUGACCGGAGUACGCUGAAGGAAGCUCUCCAGGCCGACUUCACGCGCUCGAAGAAAGAGAAGUUGACCUCAAGUGAAGAGCCGAAGGUCAGGACAGAGCGAUCGCCUGAAGAAAAGCGCUUGCGGAAGAUGAUGGGUAAGGACGAUUGAAGGUCAACUUCAAAACAACAACAUCGCGUACAGUGGAGGCCUGGUCCGCGAUGGGCAAUUGGAGGCGUUCCGGAAUUGCAACCCAGAUGGGGCAUACGAAAGAAGCGAACGGAACAUUGACGUCUUUGGACAAGUCACGGCAGGAUGCAAUAUAUACUUGCGUUAACUGAAUUGCAAGGUGAUGCGCUUCAGCAGUGUAGCGAUGAGAAUACCACGUGCUCUGUAGCUCUACACCUGAUCUGGCGUACCCGCGUGUUGAGGGUCAGAGCUUCGCCGUGCAGACUGUAAGCAAUACAAGCUGCGUAGUCAACAGCCCAA